AUGGCUACUAUCGCUGAACGUGGUCUUGCCCAUUUGAAGACAUUGUACGGCUCCGAGGCAGCUAUCAACCAGGAAGCUGCACGCCAACUAGCAUCCAAAGUGGCUCUAAGCUCCCAAGACAUCACCAAACUCAAUGUCGAUGCUAUCGUCAAUGCUGCUAACAACUCACUGCUUGGUGGAGGUGGAGUGGAUGGCGCCAUCCAUAGAGCCGCUGGACCAAAGCUAUUGGAAGAGUGUAGAACACUGAAAGGAUGCAAGGAUGGUGAAGCCAAAAUCACCAAAGGAUACAAUCUCCCUGCUAAACAUGUCAUUCAUACGGUGGGGCCCCAAACAGAGGACAAAGGAUUGUUGACAAGCUGCUACUGGGAAUCUUUACGUGUGCUGGAAGAGAACAACCUUGAUUCAAUUGCUUUCCCAUGCAUCGCCACCGGGGUAUACGGUUAUGACAAGGAACGUGGUGCCAACGUUGCUCUUGGAACUGUGCGUCGCUAUCUCGAGAAAAGCGAUAAGAUUGACAAGGUCAUCUUUUGCCUGUUCAAUGACAAGGAUAAAGCUAUCUACAAAGAAUUGUUGCCUGUUUACUUUCCUGGAAGCUCUGUCAACUUUGUAUGA